AUGUUACAAUCUGUGCUCCGCGAAACGGUCCAUACCGCGAAGGAUGCAUUGGCUGGUAACAAGAAGGUUGCAGACAUCAAGAAAGACCUCGUUGAACAGACUGAUAAGACGAAACUGACAAGUGACUUCGGCGUCAAAGAGCCCGACACUGAUAACUGGCUUUCAGCUUCAACAAAUGGCAGACAAGGCCCUCUGUUGCUGGAGGAUAAUUUUGCCAGAGAGAAGAUUAUGCACUUUGACCAUGAACGUAUUCCUGAAAGAGUAGUCCACGCUCGUGGUUCAGGCGCCUUCGGAACAUUCAAGCUAUAUGAGAGCCUCGAAGACGUCACCCACGCCAAAGUGCUCACAGAUACAUCUCGUACCACUCCCGUCUUUGUCCGGUUCUCGACCGUCCUUGGAAACCGAGGCAGCGCUGAUACUGUUCGCGAUGUGCGCGGGUUUGCAACCAAAUUCUACACCGAGGAGGGAAACUGGGAUCUCGUCGGAAAUGAUAUUCCCGUUUUCUUUAUCCAAGACGCCAUAAAAUUCCCAGACGUUAUUCACGCUGGCAAGGCCGAGCCCGACUCUGAGAUCCCUCAAGCCCAGAGCGCUCAUAACAAUUUCUGGGAUUUCCAGUACCUGCAUUCUGAGGCAACCCACAUGUUCAUGUGGGCGAUGAGCGACAGGGCUAUCCCUCGCUCGUUUCGCAUGAUGCAAGGCUUUGGUGUCAACACCUUCACCCUUACCAAUGCCAAAGGCAUCCGCUCGUUCGUGAAGUUCCACUGGACUCCAACUCUUGGCGUGCACUCGUUGGUCUGGGAUGAAGCUCUGAAGCUCGCAGGAAACGAUCCCGACUUCCAUCGCCGUGAUCUCUGGGACGCCAUCAAGAAGGGCGCUUAUCCAUCCUGGAAAUUCGGUGUCCAAAUCUGCCCAGAAUCUCGCCAGGAUGACUUCGACUUUGACAUUCUCGAUGCCACCAAGGUCUGGCCAGAGGAUAUCUUCCCAGUCCGUUAUGUCGGUGAGAUGCAGCUCAACCGUAAUGUCGAUGAGUUUUUCACGCAGACUGAGCAGAUUGCCUUCUGUACUGCGCAUGUUGUCCCAGGAAUCGGCUUCUCAGAUGACCCUCUCCUCCAAGGCCGCAACUUCUCCUACUUUGACACUCAGAUCUCGCGCCUCGGAGUCAACUUCCAAGAACUCCCCAUCAACCGCCCUGUCUGUCCCGUGAUGAACCACCACCGCGACGGCGCCCUCCGCCACAAAACCACGCCCGGCAAUAUGAACUAUUGGCCUAACCGCAAAUCUGUCGUCCCACCAGCCUCCGAAGCCAGGGAUGACGGCUAUGUCGACUUCCCCGAGAAGAUCGCAGCCAUGAAAGCCCGCCUCCACUCUGCCAAGUUCAAGGAGCACUUCAACCAGGCACAGCUGUUCUACAACUCGCUAGCACCCAUUGAGAAGCUGCAUAUCCGCAAGGCUCUCGCCUUCGAACUCGACCAUUGCGAUGAUCCGGUCGUGUACAAACGCUUGGUUGAACGCCUAUGUAACAUCUCUCUCGGGCUCGCCAAAGCAGUUGCUGAAACUGUGGGCGCGCCGAUUCCCUCCAAGGCCGGUCACCCGAACAACGGCCAGACUUCUAAGGGUCUUAGCCAGCUCGAGUUCUCGGCCCGUGCUCAGGGGUUGAAGUCCACGAUUGUCAGCCGAAACGUGGCGAUCUUGGUGGCUGAUGACUUUGACUUCGCCGAGUAUGAAGCUGUCAACGCGGCACUAACCGCUGCUGGUGCGUUUGUUGCCACUAUUGGCCCGAGAAGAGGAGCUGUCAAGGCGAGCGAUGGGAGAGAGAUGCAAACUGACCACCACUGGGAGGGGAAGCGUAGCGUUGCCUUUGACGCUCUCUAUAUCCCUGGCGGCGCGCAUGUGGCCGCCCUCGGAAAAAGUGGUCGGGCUAUGCACUGGGUGCGUGAGGCGUUCGGGCAUCUCAAGGCUAUUGGGGCGACUGGGAGCGCAGUGGAGUUUGUGAAAAAGGCUGUGGGUGUUGAGGGAAUGGUGUUUAGCGGGUCCGGAGAGAUUGUUGACUGCUAUGGAGUUGUGACUGCAGGAGGGUUGGGGGAUAAGCCACAGAGUAUUAGGGAGGGACUGGACAAGGUGAAGGGGGAGAUGAAGUUUGUUGACACGUUUGCGUUCAAUAUCUCGGAGCACAGGAACUUCCAGCGCGAAUUGGAUGGGAUUAAUGAUCUGGUUGCUUAUUAAAGGGGGGUGGUUGAAGGCAUUGUAAAAUUGGAACCGAUAGAGGAGGAUAUAAUGGAUGUUGGAUAACGG